AUGUGGUCCCUGAAAGAGAAGGAAAUCACAAGAGCAGCCCCCAUCCAUUCACCUCUAGAGAGUUCUGAAAAUAGGCUAACACUGGCCCGACUAUUUCUGAUGUCCACCAUUCUUAAUAUUUUUGGCCAUUCGUCCACAGUCACUAUGAAGCUGUGUUUUGCGAUCUUGAUACUGAACAUCAUUUUCCUUAUUUAUUAUUAUCAUGCUUUACCUAAAGAAAGAGCCGGAGGAAAAGGCCCGGACAUUUCCAGGGACACAAUCACCCCUCUAGAGAACAAUAAGACCUUCAUCAUAGCAGCUUAUUAUGAUGGCAGAGAGUCCAGCCAAGUGCGUGUGUUGACCAUUAUCCACGAUGAAGAUGUGAAAGAGCUAUAUUGUUGGUUUUACUGUAUGAAUAACCCUGGAUAUGUUUCCGUAAAAGCAACCAUAGAGAUCCACUCCCAAUGGUUUGGGUUUCCUUAUGGGCCAGCAGAUGUGGUCUGCCCUGAACCUCUGAACUGCUCUUCUCAGCACAUCUCCAUCCAUUGGUCCAAAAUAAGAAACACAAAUAAUGUUCCUGUGUUUGAGAUAAAGAACCGCAGUCCCCAGCCUUUCUCUGCAAACUUCACAGUGUGUAUCUCUACCAUGUUCGGAAACCAGGACAACAUAUUGCAGCUUAUCCAGGCCAUAGAGAUGUAUCGUCUUCUAGGAGCCCAGAAGGUGGUCAUCUACAAGAAUGGCUGCAGUAAGGCCAUGGGGCGAGUCCUUAAUUACUAUGUCUCAGAAGGAUUUCUAGAGAUUGUACCUUGGCCAAUAGACAAAUUUUUAAGAACAUCUGUUGCCUGGCAUCAAAGUAUGAACCCUAAAAGCCAAAUUGGUUAUUACGGGCAGCUCUCAGCACUGAAUGAUUGUAUGUACAGAAACAUGUACAAAAGUCGAUAUGUCACCCUCAAUGAUAUGGACGAAAUCAUUCUGCCGAGACAUAACAAAACUUGGAAUGAAAUGAUGGAGACGUUGGAGAAAACCUAUCCAGAUACGGCUGUAUACCUGGUAAAUAACUAUUACUACCCAAAGAACAUCACUGUGCCUAAUUUUCAGAUGGCUUUUCCCAAAAAUGUACCAGGAACCAACAUUCUUCAGCUGAUAUACUAUGAGCCAGAAAUUCCAAAUAGCUUCAACAACCAUAAGAUGAUAAUCAACCCGCGAGAAGUCAUUCAGGUGUCAGUUCACUGUGCAUUAAGAGUUCAUAAGAAAAGUGUUCAUGUUCCCGAUAAUAUCGUAAGACUUCACCACGGCCGGUCACCAAUGCAGCCAAAUCUCCCAAAGACAUCUCUCAUAAAAGACACGACCAUAUGGAAAUACAAUUCUACUCUUAUUACAAAUGUUAACAAGGUUUUAAGACAACUGAACUAUCACUGAAAUCCAGGUUCUCCAUACUGUAUGUAGAUACUCACCUGUCAGGAGAUACAUAUAGCCAAAAAUCAAGAAUUCAUACGAUCGUUGUAAAGAGUUAAAGGAACACUAAACACUAAGCACUUUCUGUGAGUCCCUGAAGCAAGCAGUCAAAUAGAAAUCUUUGUGUAGAACAAAAGGGUUAAUCUAAUGAUGAUCUGCUCCAUCUUCAGCUGGAGACGGACCAAGCCAAAUAGAAUUGGCUUAGUGAUCUUCUUGUCCUAGUGCAGAUAGGGCACAGCAGGGAGGCUCCUGCUCCAGCCAGCUUCUCACAGUCCUGUGAGGAGGAGGAGGAGGAGGA